AGUCGACACAGAUCUUUUCAUAAGGCGUGAAGCUCACCCCAAGUUUGACCGACCCAUAUCCAAAUCAAUAUUUGGACAUUUUUCAAGAUCCAAUAACCGUUGGACCUGAUCUUACAAAAUCCAAGAUAGGUUCGGCACAGAUCUUUUUUCGUUGCGGGAGAGUCCGUUAUUGCCCCUUCAUUUGAAACCACCACAGCAAUCUUCUUCAGCACUGUUUUUUUUUCCUAUUCCAGGAAGAUGAGUAUGGAUUCCUCUCGCUCUGCGAAUUCAACCCUUCAAAAUUCGAAAAGAAGCUUCAAUUCAAAUUCUUCAAGCAGUAACAGUUAUAGCAAGAAGAAAAAGAGCAACCAGAAAACCCUAGGCAUGGCUUGGGGAGCCAAUUCUCUCUCUUCCUCCCGCUCCUCUUUUCGCUCUUCUCCUUUCUCUGAUUUUGGAAGCUAUAUGAUAGAAAAGAAUAGAAAGCUUCAAAAUCAGUUUGACGCCGAGGCUUCAAAUUCUUCUCAAGCUGAUUCUUCUAAGAAGCCUAUCUUUCACGGAGUUUCUAUCUUCGUUGACGGUUUCACUGUUCCAUCUAGUCAGGAACUACGGCAAUACAUGUUGAAUUAUGGUGGACGAUUUGAGAAUUAUUUUUCCAGGCAUCGUGUCACGCAUAUCAUCUGCAGCAAUCUUCCUGACAGUAAAAUCAAGAAUCGCAGGUCCUUCAGCGGUGGACUCCCAGUAGUGAAACCUACUUGGGUUCUAGAUUCUGUUGCUGGUAACAGACUUUUGAGUUGGGUUCCUUACCAGCUUGAACAGUUUGCUAACAAUCAACCAACAUUGUCGGCCUUCUUCACUCCAAAAAGCAACCCUGCAGAUGAAGGUGCUUUUACAAAUGCAAUUUGUGAAGUAAAACUUGAAACUGAUGGGCCAAGUGCUAGCAACAGUGAAGAAUCUCAGAAAGUAAAAGUGGUAGAAUUAAGUAAUCUGGAUGAGGAUGAUAAAAGCAUAGAAAACAAUGGACUUCAGCCCUGUCCUGAACAACCCUCUGUUUCUGUUAGUAGCCAUUGCUUUGACAAUCACAGUAUUAAAGGAUCACCAAGGUCAAUAGCCAUUGGACCUUUGAAGCCGCAAAAUUCAACUCUUGGGGAUCCCAAUUUUGUGGAGAAUUACUUCAAGAAUUCAAGGCUACAUUUCAUAGGAACCUGGAAAAAUAGAUAUCGUAAACGUUUUCCCUGCUUGUCAAAUGGAGGCAUGACGUCUCAUUCUGAUGUUUUAGCUGGUACUCAAAAGACUUCCAUUAUCCAUAUUGACAUGGACUGUUUUUUUGUCUCAGUGGUCAUCAGGAGCCAUCCUGAAUUAUAUGACAAGCCUGUAGCUGUAUGCCAUUCGGACAAUCCAAAAGGAACUGCUGAAAUCUCUUCUGCAAAUUAUCCUGCUAGAGAUUAUGGAAUUAGGGCAGGAAUGUUUGUUAGAGAUGCCAAGGCUCUUUGCCCCCAACUCAUUAUUUUGCCAUACAACUUUGAAGCAUAUGAGGAGGUUGCUGAUCAGUUUUACAACAUAUUGCAUAAGCACUGCAAAAGAGUUCAGGCUGUCAGCUGUGAUGAAGCAUUUUUAGAUGUCACAGACCUAGAAGGGAAAGAUCCUCAGCUUUUAGCUUCAGCAAUACGGAAAGAGAUAUGUAAAGCUACUGGAUGCACUGCAAGUGCUGGGAUUGCUGAGAAUAUGCUUAUGGCCCGACUAGCCACAAGAACUGCUAAACCAAAUGGUCAAUGCUACAUCCAUCCCGAGAGGGUUGAUGAGUAUUUAGAUCAACUUCAAAUAAAAGCACUCCCAGGAAUAGGGCAUGUGCUGGAGGAAAAGUUGAAAAAUAAAAAUGUCCGAACUUGUGGACAGUUGCGAAUGAUUUCUAAGGACUCCCUUCAAAAGGAUUUUGGGAUUAAAACUGGCGAGAUGCUCUGGAAUUACAGUAGAGGAGUUGAUAAUCGGCUUGUUGGCAUGAUUCAGGAGAGCAAGUCUGUGGGGGCUGAAGUGAAUUGGGGUGUAAGAUUCAGGGAUUUGCAAGAUACUCAGCACUUUCUCUUAGACCUUUGCAAGGAGGUUUCAUUACGCUUGCAGGGGUGUGGCGUGCAAGGGCGAACUUUCACCCUUAAGAUAAAAAGGAGAAGGAAAGAUGCCGGAGAGCCUGUAAAGUAUAUGGGCUGUGGAGACUGUGAAAACCUGAGCCAUAGCACAACGGUUCCACUUGCUACUGAUGAUGUCGAAGUGCUUCAAAGAAUAACAAAGCAGCUCUUUGGAUUUUUCCACAUAGAUGUCAAGGAUAUCCGUGGUGUUGGUUUGCAAGUUUCGAGGCUUGAAAGUGCAAAUACUGCUAGGCAAGUGCUUGAAAGAAACUCUAUGAAAUCAUGGCUAACGUCUGCCUCAGCAAGCUCAAAAGAACGAUUAGAUAUCAAUAGUAUAGCCAAAGAAAGGGUUGGCAAAGAUUCUGAAGUAAAGAGUAUGGCUGGAAAUUUAAAGAGUUUCCAUUUUACUCCAGUGGAGAAUUCUGUUCAUGGGACAAAUAAUACAUCCAACGGUGAGGGUUGUUCAAACCAGAUCUCAAGUGUCCCACUGUUAUGUCACCUUGAUAUGGGAGUAGUGGAGAGUCUUCCAUCAGAGCUCCUCUCAGAAUUAAAUGAAAUUUAUGGUGGGAAGCUAGUUGAUUUGAUUGCCAAAAGUAAAGGACAAAGUGAGAAUAACACCGGAUAUUUAUGCUUCCUUCCUCCUGAGCCAUCCAAAGUUGCAGUAGAGCAAGCAGAAAUAUCUUGCAACUCUAAUCCUUUCUCAUUGAGCGGAACAGCAGUGGAAAUGAAGGACAAACAACAUAUAUUGGAGGAACUGCAGACAGUGCCUGACUCUGGAGCAGAAUCCAAUAGUGUUGCCAUUUCCAUUCCAGGACUUGAAAAUAAUGAUUUAAUGCCUUCGUCUCUAAGCCAAGUAGACACAUCAGUAUUACAGCAGUUGCCCGAGGAAUUGAGAGCUGAUUUAUUUGAGGUGCUUCCUGCACACAGGAUGCAAGAAAUCUCUGCCCUGGGCCCUAACACCAAAAAUGUACAUCAUCCAUUAGGCAUCAAGACUACUGGCAAUCAACCUGGAUCAACUGAUUCUGGGUUGAGCAACAAUCUCUGGAUUGGAAAUCCUCCACCAUGGGUUGAUAAGUUCAAAGUCAGCAAUUCGUUGACAUUGAAACUCUUUGCUGACAUGUAUUACAAAGCAAAGUCAGCUGAGAGUUUAUCUUCGAUAUUGCAAUGCACUGUUGCUGAAUCCCUACAUCCUUUAGAUGCAAGAUGUGGAACUUGGAAUGAAGCUGUUCACAGCUUCAGUGAGCUUCUCUUGGAGUAUAUUAAACUGAAAAUAGUAGUAGAUAUUGAGGAGAUCUAUAUUUGUUUUCGUCUUCUAAGAAGGCUAAGUAACAAGUCAGAAUUUUUUUUGGAAGUGUACAAUUUAGUCUUUCCCCACCUUCAGUUGGGCACUUGAAACUGGGCACCAUCAUUUGAAUUUGGUGAUCUAAUUGGCUCCAAAACUUUUCCUCAAUUCAUUUUGGUUGGAUACAAAAAGGGUAACUUCAGGAUAUGCAAUGAGCAAUUGACUGAUGAAGCAGCACUUUACUCAUCAAAAUGAGCUAUCCCUCUACUUGUUCGAUCUUGGAUACAAGCUAGAGAAUGUAUCCUGGCCACCUUUCUUGGAGGAGCCACUUGAUGUGAUGAUGGUUCAUGUUAAGCAAUAUAACUUUUUCAAUUGGGUAGAGAAAAAUGAAGUUGCUCUUUAAGUGCUUUUUAAAUCCGGCAUUGAUUUGUUAAAGAGUGUCUUUUCUAUUUUUGGUUGAAGUAUGUUAAAAUUUAAAUCAUGUAUUAUAGUUUUUUAAAACGUGAAAUGUGGACCGUCUGAUUUGGUAUAUGAAACCUCGGCUCAAUAGAUAACAAUUUCAAUUCUGGUAUAAUCAUCAAAAAUAAAAAUCGUAAUUUUACGUGGGAUCAAGCCUAGAAAUGGUCUUGGAAUAGCCAAACUUGUACUUGAAUAGAAAAUCUGAGUCCAAAUAGAGCCUUGGAUUAA